AUGAUUCCACAGAUCAGAGGCCCGAUGGAGCAAAUGUAUCUGAAAACAUUCUACUGCCACUUUAACAACAGACCCUUCCUCUCUUGCCACAGUGAUACCUGGCUGUGCUUUGAAGUGAAAACAACCAGCAGCAACUCACCUGGCUCCUUCUACAGUGGGGUCUUUCGAAAUCAGGGCCCUCGAUAUUGUCCUUGGCACACAGAACUGUGCUUCCUGACCGGGGUCAGGCCCACACUGUCCCAUCACCAUUUCUACCAGAUCGCCUGGUACAUGUCCUGGAGUUCCUGUGCCAACUGUGCGUGGCAAGUGGCCGCCUUUCUGGCCACACAUGAAAACGUGAGCCUGACCAUCUACACUGCCCGCAUUUACUACUUCUGGAGACAGGAUUACCACCAGGGGCUGCUCAGGAUGAUUGAGGAAGGGACCCAGGUGUACGUCAUGUCCUCUAAAGAAUUUCAACACUGUUGGGAAAACUUUGUGGACCACUGGGGACAUGUAGGGUCACACAUUGGAACAGACUGA